CGCAGCGUGUACCAGGCGGAAGAGGAGCACACGUGUAAACAGUGCUGGAUUUGGUGCUGCUGUAGCUGAGGCUGGAACUAAGACUGUAAAUGUGGCUGUGGUGUAUAGUGUGUGUGGCUUUGUAAACUGAAACACAAACACACGGGGAACAAAGGACUAAACACUGAGAGCUGAAUACCGGCUGGUUUAUACAGUCUCAGGCUGUGUGAGACCUUCAGGGUGUGAGGAUGGAGGGGAAGGAGCAGAAGCGGCACCAGCACAAGCAUAGCGGCCCCAAAGCUGAGAAGAAGAGGAAAAAGCAGCAGAAAGAGCAUGGAGUUGAGCAGGAGCAGGAUGAGCGCAAGAAGAACCCAAAGGCCUUCACAGUGCGCUCGGCAGUGCGCAUGGCCCGGAACUUUCACAGAACUCAAGAUAUAAAAACAAAGAAACAUCAUAUUCCUCUGGUGGACCGCACUCCUCUUGAGCCUCCGCCUGUUGUGGUGGUGGUAAUGGGGCCUCCAAAAGUAGGCAAGAGCACUCUUAUCCGCUGCCUGAUCAAAAAUUACACACGCCAGAAGCUUGCAGACAUCUGUGGACCUGUCACUAUAGUGUCUGGAAAGAAACGACGUCUGACCUUUAUUGAAUGUAACAAUGACAUCAAUACAAUGAUAGAUCUGGCAAAGGUUGCUGAUCUGGUUCUGAUGCUGAUAGAUGCUAGCUUUGGCUUUGAAAUGGAGACGUUCGAGUUCCUCAACAUCUGUCAGGUCCAUGGAUUCCCUCGCAUCAUGGGUGUGCUUACACAUUUGGACACCUUCAAAAACACCAAGUCCCUCAAUAAAACUAAGAAACGUCUCAAACAUCGCUUCUGGACUGAAGUCUACCAGGGGGCCAAGCUGUUCUACCUGUCGGGAAUGGUGUAUGGGGAGUACCAGAUGCGAGAAGUGAAGAACCUUGGACGAUUUAUUUCAGUCAUGAAGUUUAGACCCCUUCUGUGGCAAAGCUCCCACCCUUAUGUGGUGGCUGAUCGAAUGGAAGACCUGACUGAUCCUGAGGCUAUUCGGUUAGAUCCUAAAUGUGACCGAACUGUGUCUCUCUAUGGCUACCUGCGUGGGACAUUCCUUAAGAACAAGGGCCAGGUUCACAUUCCAGGUGUAGGGGACUUUUCUGUAGAGGACAUCAGCUUUAUUCCUGACCCCUGUCCACUUCCUGAAACACUAAAGAAGAGAGCUCUAAAUGAGAAGGAGAGACUGCUGUACGCUCCCAUGGCUGGGGUUGGAGGACUGGUGUAUGAUAAGGAUGCAGUGUACAUUGACAUGCCUGGAAGCCACGUAAAGCAGCAGGAGGAGGAGGUGCGACCCACUGCUGAACUGGUGCAGUCACUUAUGGGCACACACACCACAUUAGAUGCAAAGAUGGCUGCUAGCAAAGUCUCGCUGUUCACAGGAUCGGCCGCUCUGACCCCAGAUGACGUUCAGGACAACAGUGUAAAGCAGGGCCCUGUGGAGAGUCGAGUGUGGGAUCCAGAGACUCAGAGAGAGAGGAGGAAAGCUGUCUUCACUGAGGAAGAGGAGGACGACAAUAGUGAAGGAAGUGAUGAAGAGGAAUCUGAUCAAGAGGAUGAAGAAGAGAUGGAGAGUGCAGGAGAAGAUGAUGAUGAUGAUGAUGAUGAUGAUGAUGAUGAUGAUGAGGAGGAGGAAGAUGGAGAUGAAGGAAGUAAACAGCAGGUAGGUGAGGAGGAGAAGAAAUCAAAAAUGACUGCAGCUCCACCUACAAAAAGACAGAAGCUGGAGGAGAAUGGAAAGGAGGUCAAGGGAGGGAUGGAGAUGCCUGCUUUUGCAGACAGUGAGGAUGAGUUGGAGAAGAGUGAGGAUGAGGAGGAAGAUAAGGAAGAAGAUUCAGAGGAUGAGGAUGAGGAGGAGAUGAAGGAAGAGGAGGAGAAGAAGGAAAAGAAGAAAUCCUCUGCACCUCCAGACUCUGGACACUGCUCGGAGGAGGAGGACGAUGAUGAUGAUGAUGAGGAUGAUGAUGAUGAUGAUGAGGAUGACGAGGAGGAGGAGGACGACGACGGCGAUGAUGAUGAUGAUGAUGAUGAUAAUGAUGAUGAGGAAGAAGAUGAAUCAGAAAAGAAACAGCAAGUAAAUAUUAAAACACCUGCUUUAAAGCCAAAGAAAAAAGAAAAAGAGGAAAAGGAGGAGAAAAUGGAUGCUGAGGAUGAGCUUGAGGAAGAGGAAGCAGAGCUGGGAGCUGAUACUGUAGGAGCACUACAGUGGAAGUCAAAUUUGGCCCAAAAGGCAACAGAAGCCUUUCUGAAGCGUCAGCGAAGUGCCCCUAACCUCCGCAAGCUGGUGUAUGGCACAGUGGUGGAGGAGGAAGAGGAUGCACAGAACAAGGAUGAUGAGGAGCUGGGUGGUCUGUUCCGAGUUACCCGACCUGAGAAGAAUAAGAAAGUCAGAGCAGAUGCUGUAGACUGCUCACGCUUCCAUCCAGACGCCGGGCACGACUGGGAAGACGAGGAGAUGCUGACCUCUAUAAGGGACUGCUUUGUCACCGGGAAAUGGGAGGGAGACAAAGAUGCUGCUACUCUACUUAAAGAGGAUGAUGAGGUUUAUGGAGACUUUGAAGACUUGGAAACUGGAGAGGUCCACAAAGCGAUGGGAGAUGAAGCUGAGGAGGAUGAUGAUGAUGAAGAUGAAGAAAAGGAGGAAGAAGAGGCCGUCGUAGUGAAAUUUGAUGAUGACGAAGCUAAAAAGAACAAGCGUCUGGAGAGGAAGAAGAGACUGAAGGAGAGAUUUGAUGCAGAAUAUGAUGAUGCUGAUGCUACAUACUUUGAUGAUCUCAAGGAGGAGAUGCAGAAACAGGCUGAGCUGAACAGGGCUGAGUUUGAGGACAUGGAUGAUGAGGCUCGGAUUCAGUACGAGGGGUUCAGGCCUGGCAUGUAUGUGCGUCUGGAGAUUCCUGGCCUGCCGUGUGAAUUUGUCACAAACUUUGACCCUCACUAUCCCAUCAUUCUCGGUGCUUUGGGAGCCAGUGAAGGCAAUAUUGGCUAUCUGCAGAUGCGAUUGAAGAAACAUCGCUGGUUUAACCGUAUUCUAAAAACCCGGGAUCCGCUCAUCCUGUCUUUGGGCUGGAGACGUUUCCAGACCAUUCCGCUCUACCAUAUUGAGGACCAUAAUGGCCGCCACCGCCUACUUAAAUACACUCCUGAACACAUGCACUGUGGUGCUUCUAUCUGGGGGCCUAUCACACCUCAGGGGACAGGCUUCCUGGCGGUUCAGACUGUUGCAGGGACUCAGGCAAAUUUUCGCAUCGCAGCCACCGGAGUCGUCCUGGACUUGGACAAAUCCGUGACCGUCGUAAAGAAACUGAAGCUAAUCGGAUACCCUUAUAAGAUUUAUAAGAACACCUGCUUUGUCCAGGGAAUGUUUAACACAGUGCUAGAGGUUGCCAAAUUUGAGGGUGCCUCCCUCCGGACGGUCAGCGGGAUCAAAGGCCAGAUAAAAAAAGCUCUGCGCACUCCGCCGGGGGCUUACCGUGCCACGUUCGAGGACAGGGUCCUCAUGAGUGAUAUUGUAUUCCUGCGUUCCUGGUACCCUGUGACUGUUCCUCAGCUGUAUAAUCCAGUGACGUCUCUGCUGUUGCCGGUUGGUCAGAAGGACACAUGGACUGGAAUGAGGACAGUGGGACAACUCAAACACGACUUGGGAAUAAGAAACCAUCCCAACGUCGACUCUCUCUACAAACCUGUGGAGAGGCAAAAGAGACACUUCAAUCCCCUGCACAUCCCCAAAGAACUGCAGAAAGCCCUGCCCUUCAAGAACAAACCGAAAUUCCAUGAGGCCAAGGGCAAAACCCCUCGAGACCUCCAGAGACCUGCUAUAAUCCGGGAACCCCACGAGAAAAAGGUGGCAGAGUUGCUCACUGCUCUGAGCACAGUUUAUAACUACAAGAACAAGAAGGCCCAUGUGGAGCAGCGUGAAAAGCACAAGGAUUUCCUGAAGCAGAAGGAGAAGCAGGAGGAGGAGAAGCAAAGGAGGCUGAAGGAAGAGAGAAAGAAGGUGUACCGUGCCAUGGGACAAAAGGAGAAGAAGAAGCUAAAGUCUAGCCUGAAGGGAGCUUCUAAAAAUGAAUGAGCAUGUGUGGAACAGACACUCUACCCGGUGCUGAUAGACUAAAGCUACAGACCCACCGGGUCCUGCUAUGCUCCAUGUUGAGCUGUUUGAUGAGAGUCAGCGACUCAGACCUCAUGCUGGCUGUUCUCCCUGCUGAGGCUCCAGUGUGUGGAUUUGUAAAGUCAUAUGAGAUGUGAAGCUGGCACUUUGUAUGUCUUUAAAACUGCUACCUCCUCAUGAGCAAACCCCGCCUCCCCCUGUGUCUCUAUCAAUUAAGGCCAAUUUAUACUUCUGCAUCGAAUCAACACGCUGUCUAUGGUGUAGCCUCGGGAAGCGCACAUAGCCCUACAGUUUAAAAUACGAAGGCAGGAACGUGUGGGCAGCCCAGCGAACCAAUCACAGCUACUGUUACAAUUAUGGGGAGAUUCACAUCAAGCUAUGGUGUAGGCUAUGAUGUAAGGUCCGUGGCUACUCAUCGGGUAUGCGUAGGCUAUGGCGUAGGUUUGACGCAGAGGUAUAAAUUGGCCUUUAGGCAUGCUAUUCGUAAGACUGAGGAGAUUCUGGAUGAGCUCUAGUUUGUGGAGGGGUGUACAGACUUCUUGGUGUUCGUAUUCCUACCUACUGUACCAGCAGGAAGCCACGUGAACAGAGCAUAAUGUUGGUUUUAAUAAAAUCUGUAUUUUGUUUUCUGACAAAACCAAAAGAAGUAAUCUUUUGAAGAUCCACAGAGGGCGAGAUAAAAGGAAAGGCGAGUUCUUUUCAGCUGCUAAUGUGGCCUUGUAGAUACGUUUGCAUUUGUCAGAGGAAUGAGGGAGUUUUUACAUCAAUAACCAUCGCUAAUCACUAGGACAAAUAGAGGUUUAAAAAUUGCAGCUGCUAGCUGUUGACUCAGAUCUGUAGGAGUAGCUGCAGCAGUCACUGGAUUAUCUCUGGUCUUUCAGGGCAUUGUCUUUACAAACAUGUCUGGAAGCAUGUUUACGCACUUUCAGAAAAUCUCUCCUUAAAAGAUUUUGUAAAUACUCCAGUCAGAAUAUUUUGACCCCAUACUUAGUUCUCCAUUUUCAUUGUCUCUUUUAUCAGCCCCACUAUCUAUAUAGAAACAAGUUGUAAUUCAAUAAUUACAGACUGUAGUCCUUUUGUUUUUCUGCAUACUUUUAUUAUCUUCCAUUUGCACUGGUAGAAAUAACUACCAUAUUGCAGGUAUUAUUUGGGUGGAGGUCAUUCUCAGCACAGAACAAGUGAUGUUGUCGUGGUGGUGAUGUAUUAUUGUGUGUUCUGCUAAUAUGAGUGGAUCAGAUACAGAAGUGCUGCUUUUUUUUUUUUUUUUUGAGAGAGAGAAGUCAUUUUGCUAAAAAAAAAAGAAUUUAGUGAAACUUUUGUUCUACCCCCAUUGCCUGAUUAGCCAACAAAAGAAAAUAGACAGAUAAACGAGUGAACCAGGGAAAAGCCCUUAGACUGACCUCAACCCGUACAUUAGGAUUCAUGGCCUCGCCCACCUUGGCUUGCAACUGCCCCCUGCAGAGCAUCACAGUGCUGUUAGCCAAUCAAGGGUGACGUGUUUGCAUAUCAUGUAGUGCUGGGCGGUAAAACAAUAUCGAUAUUUAUCGCGAUAUAUUUUUUCCUCGAUAACUAUGAUAAGCCAGACGAUAGGAUUUGAUAAACUUUAUUUUCUAUUUCCUGUUUAAGUAGCGCUGCGAACAGGCGCAGCACGCGAUCAGGCAUAAGUUCUGCUGCGCUACCCUGGAAAACUCACCUCUUAAAAAUGUGGCAUGCGUCUCGUCCCCAAGAUAUUUAGAGAGGUGAGCUUGUUCAGAUUUCUGAAGGCAGGUAACACUGCUCUGUUUGCUGCUAGGUUAGGUAAACUUGUCUGAUACGUCUCCGGUUUAGAGUUAGCGAUGUUUAAGGUGUAAAAAGGAAUCUGCAAUCUGUCAUCAUUAGCUAAGGUGACUUCACUGCUUUUUACAUUCUAAUUAACUAAAGGGUAACGCACGUUAGCCGUGUUAAUCCACUUUUCGUGUAAAUUAAUGUUAAUUUUAGCAUGAAUGAGGGGUUAAACCUGUGUGGAUGUAUAAUGACUUUUUAAAAAAACAUAUUUAGAAGCUGUCUGAGCACCCACCUGGGAAGAUGUGGACAUCCUAGUGUUUGUCCACAAGGUUCUGAGCCUGCUAGUGAGCUUGGCCAUAACUCCCUUAUUCUGUCACUUAUGACUAAAAAGAAACCUUUAAGUGUAACAGAAAGUGAUUUUAUUUAUAUUGUGAUACAUAUCGAUAUCGGCUGAUAUGGAAAACUAUUUCAUGAUAAGAUUUUUUUUCCGUAUCGCCCAGCCCUAAUAUCAUGAAUAUACAGCUCUGGAAAAAAUUAAGAGACCACUUCAGUUCCUGAAAAAGUUUCUCUGAUUUUGCUGUUUAUAGGUUUAUGUUCGAGUAAAAUGAACAUUGUUGUUUUAUUCUAUAAAUUACAGACAUUUCUCCCAUGCCAUUGCCACUGCCGUGCUGAAAAUGAUCCACCACAAAAUUAAUACCUGCUCUCUGGUGGUCCUGAGCAUUUACGAACUAUGAAAGUAUGAAAAGAGGAUAAUAAAGUAUGCAGAGAGCAUAUGGACUACUUAUCUGUAAUUAGAUUGCUCCUAUAUGUUAAGCUGUAUGAUAGAUUGUAUAUGGAAUUGCACUGCUUUUUAAGCCUGCUCUCUCUGUAAUGAUCUUUUUAAUGCACAGUUGUUGCUGUACUUUUUUUCUAUUGUGUCAUUAGUUAAUUAACAAGAAAGCUAAAACAGCCUGGCAUUAAUUCUAGAUGUGGCAUGUGCAUCUGGAGGCUGAAAAUGCAUAAAUUGACCAAAAUCACCCCUAGAAUAUUAAAGUUGAGUGCUUGGCACAUUGUUAAAAAGUCAGAAUGCUCUGGUUAUCUCAGCAACAGAAAACAAACCAGCAGACCUUGAAAGACCACAGCAUGUAUUGUUCUAAAUCAUAAGGUGGGGAAAGCUGUUGAUUAGGAACAAUAUUGAAGUUGUAGGCAUGUAUUCAUUAAAGCCUAUAGCAGGGCAGCCCAAAGUGUGUAGCCUGUAAUUACCAAUGAGGAUAUUUGUUUUGGCCGGCCAGUAAGUUACUUUUGCCCAGGGAUUCUUAAUCCUGGUCCUGGUGAUCUGCCACGCUGUGGAGAUUAGCUUCAGCCCUAAUAUACAGACCAGAUCUGGGUAAUUAAGGCCUUCAGGUAUAUUGGGUAUCUCUGCAGGGUAAUAGAUCUCCAGGACCAAAACUAAACACCACUGCGCUAACCUGCUCAAAAAAAGCCUGUACUUUAUUUUAGACAACGUUUAAGACUAGAUCACUGUGUCUAAGGGCGUUUUUACAUCGCAACUAUUUGGUCCGGUUAAAAUGAACCGGUUCGAUUGAGCAGGUGUGAAAACAGAAACGCUCAGGUGCGGAUCAAAAGAAUCUGAUCGAGACCACCAAGAGGAGCGGUUCGCUUGUGGUGAGAAUGUAAUCCGGUCUCGAUCUGACCCAGCUAUUACGUAUAGUCCAUUUAUUUGAGCUAAACUGCUGAUUAGACACAGUUUAAUCUGGUAUAUUAGCCAGAUAAUCCUGAUUACCCCAGCUAUGAACAAACACUGUGUCUACGCACGCACAGUCUGUGCUGCGUUUACUGCUCACAGCUGCGUGACUCAGUUUACUAUGUGUACAUCUGCGCUGCACGACCAAACACUGUGUUUAAAAGCUCAGUGUUUCAGCGUUCAGUGUUAAAGCACAGAUAUACGCGCUGGAACACUGAAUCUUCUCGCUAUAUUUACUUCCUUCAUUUAUUAAUAUUAACUCCCACGCCAGACAGCUCUGACCAAUCAGAGAACACAGCCUGCUCGCGUGUUUUUUUUGGUGCGUUUAUGUUUAUGCCAGUGUGAAACCAGACCAAACAGAGGGAGAAAACGCUCCAAGUAAACAAACUCAUCAACUGAUUCGGACCAGAGAAACGAACUACAGGUUUGAAAACCCCCUGAAACACAGUGUCAUGUAUACAGGGGACAUGUCCAUGAAAGGCAUUACUAUCCACACUGAACUGUGCAGUGGUUCGUUAUGAUUGUGACCAGCAGCAUCUGGCUAGAAUUGUCCAUGCAACCAGAUUCUCAACCAACUCUGGUAGAAAUCACAUGUACAUUAAAUGCAAGAGACCCCACACACAAAUUGACAAGGUAGUUUUGGAUACAUCAAUAUGUGUGUGUGAGCUCAUUACUGUAGGGCAGAAAAGAGUUUGCUCAUAAACAGUCUGUAUGAUGGUCUUUAUUAGAGAAGCUACUUAAUAAUCUUUAAACUAAAUAGUGUAAUGACUCACAGGUAUUCCAAUGUUUGUUUUUGCGCUGUAACUGCUUUCCAAAGCCUAGACGGUAGAUGAGAGAGGCUGCAUUUCUUAUCCACUACAUAGCGGGCUCUUUUAUUUUUAUAUGAACUACAGGACACGUCGAAUACACCAGAGAAAUGUCCCUUAUGUUCAGAGUGGUUUUACGGCACAUGUGAAGUAAUCUUCCUGUCCAUUAGUUACCCAGAGUUUGCUUUAAAAUGACCUUUUUUAGAAAUAUAAUUAAUAUUACAAUCGGAUUGUACAAUUCAGUGAAUAGGGGACAGUUGUGGACACAGUUUAGGAUUUACUUUGCCUAGGAGAGAUGCAGAAAUUAAAGUGUCCAGGAAGAAAGAGAAAGAAAUGGCUCAUGAUUCAGAACUUCACAGCUCUCUAUAAGACGUGUAUGGCUGUCUUUCCUGACGUUGACAGCUGCAGAAUUCUGAAGAGUUCUUUUCAGAUCCAACUUCUAAUUUUUUUAUAGCAGUAGUAUUCACCUUGGAGCAGAACAAUGACCUGAAACUUCCUGCUGAAGCAGCUUUGGGGUUUUCCGAGACAGAAAGUGAAAUGUUCUUCGCUGGUAAAGUCUCAUCACCUAACCUGAACCCGAUUAAGUAUGCAGUGCACUUACCGAAGACAAGGCUGAGGGCUAAAAAGCUGCUGAAACGAGCAGAGAUCGAAAAAUGGUUACGCUCCAGAUCUGCAAGAGCAUCGUCAGAGAAGAGAAGUCAGUGUUUGAUGUCUACCUGUCGCAGAUUUCAGGCUGUAAUUGACUGUGGAGGAUUUUCAACCAGGUACUUAACAUCAUUUUCUUUAAGGAGGUCCAUCAUGGAGCGUGCACAGUGUAAAAGAGCUGAUUCCAACAUCAUUCAGCCAGUUAAUAUGCACGUUUUUUUUAUGCAAAUGGGUUUGCUAAUACUGUUUUUGCAGACAUUUACAAACAUGCUGAAGCAGAAAGUGAGUGGGCCCUUUUAUUAAAUACGCCUCUUCCUUUCCACGAAAGACUAUUUAGUCAGUGAUGCCCCGAAGAUGAUGAUGAUGAUUUCUGUGUGGGUAUGUUUGGGCCUAAGGCUUAUGUAUAUGAGCGAUUCUGCAUAUAAAAGUAGGCUUAUUUAUAUUGUAUUGGAAGCCUUUAUUUAAUAUUUUUAUUGCCUCAUUAAUUUUUAAUGUCAUUAUCAUGCUCAUAUUCAGGUAUGAAGGCAGAGUAAGUGAUUUGUCUGGGGUGAGUUUUUACAUAUCUAAAUCUCAUAGAAAUCUAUAUAAAUCGAAAUAUUUGAUGUCAAAAAAGUUGUUAAUUAUACAGUCCACAUUACUGAAAACUGUUCAGGAUGUGUAUUGUAGGUAAAGGGCUUGCUUACACAAACGAUAGCUACAAAACCACUUAUUCUCUGCUUUAUUUUAUGGCAUGUUUGAUAUGUUUUUCUUUAAUGCUACAAUGUGCUGCAGUGUGUCAUGUUAUUCUCUGUAUAAGAUUUGUUAGUGUACAAGUUAUGCUCACCCAGAAAUCAAUAAAAUUCCAUUUAAACAAGA